AUGGCCAACCUCGACACUCUCCCACCCGAAAUCCUCUUCACCAUCCUCUCCUACACGGAGCCAAACCUCAACCCCACCCUCCCGACCUACCCGCUCAACGCGCUCGCGGCAACAAACAAGCACCUCAACGCCAUCGUCGAAGAAUACGCGCGCAACCUCCUCAAACGCCACGCCGACAUCGUCCCACCGAAGAACACGCGCAUAUACACGUGCCGUCGAAAAUGGCUGGGCGACAUGUGUUACUUCUGCAAGAAGAAGACACAGCGGAAAGCGUGCCUGUACAAGACCAUAGCAUGUUGUCUGGCAUGCGAUAAGAAGGAGUAUGAGAAGAUGGUAUGCAAGACAAUGACGCAAGCCAUGCAAUCCACACAGCUCUCUAAACUUGACCUGUUUACCCCGUCGCCAUUGCACCUCGAUCUCCCUCCUUUGGUAACAGCACCAUACCCCAUCAUGGGCGCCGCAUGCAUCAUGCUAUCCGCCCCCGAUGUUCGCGCCCGCGCCGCACACAUACGAUCCCGGCUCGGUGACGCAGCGCGCGACGAAAGCUAUAUGCGCAAUCGCCGCGCGAAACACGACCGUAUUGUUAGACAUUUGGGUAUACAGUAUGAGCCCACUUUGGGGUGGUUUUACCUGCUGUGUAGCGUCUACAUUCUCUUCUUCUAG